AUGACGGGCCAGGACGCGAUCCUCGGCAUGGAUUUUAUGGUCCCAGCGGGAAUUCGAUUGGAUUUGGCCGACGGGACGUUGUGUCUGCCGGAUGAGAUUCGCAUCCAGCUGUCAGGACGGCGUCCGCUAUACGGUGAACACGUCAGUGCAGUUCGCCUUGAAGAACUCGAGGUUAUCGAAACUGGUUAG